AUGGUGCAUUUUUUUCCUCUAGUUUGCAAGUCAUGUGCUCUCCGAAGAUUUUCCAUCCAGCCUGCCCAGCAGAAGAAGAUUCCAAACCGGUAUUUGGGCCAGCCCAGCCCCUUCACACACCCACACCUUCUCAAACCAGGAGAGGUAACCCCGGGAUUGUCACAGGUGGAAUAUGCUCUUCGCCGACACAAGCUGAUGGCAUUGAUCCAGAAAGAAGCCCAUGGCUGGGAAGGAUUGGACCACACAGUGAUUCUGCUAUCCAACCCCACGUACUACAUGAGCAAUGACAUCCCCUACAUUUUCCACCAGGACACUAACUUCCUGUACCUCUGUGGGUUCCAGGAGCCUGACAGCAUCCUGGUGCUGCAGAGCAUUCCUGGCAAAGCGCUGCCCUACCACAAAUCCAUACUUUUUGUGCCCCGGAGAGAUCCAAGCCGAGAGCUGUGGGAUGGGCCCCGAUCAGGCACAGAUGGAGCAGUUGCUCUCACAGGAGUAGAUGAAGCUUACACCAUUGAGGAGUUCAGGCACUUGGUGGCCAAACUGAAAGGUGAAUCAAACAUUGUUUGGUAUGACUUGACGAAACCAGUGCAUACAGAGCUGCACUCUGACUAUAUGCAGUCCCUGGCUGAGAUAAAAGUUCGGAACAAAAACCACAUCCAGGGCAUCCGACAUCUAGUGCAAAAGCUUCGGCUGAUCAAAUCUCCUGCAGAGAUUGAAAGGAUGAAGAUAGCUGGACGGGUGACAGCAGAGGCUUUCACAGAAACAAUGUUUGCCAGCAAAUCCCCAGUGGAUGAAGCCUUUCUGUAUGCAAAGUUUGAAUUCGAGUGCCGGGCUCGUGGUGCUGACAUCUUGGCAUACCCCCCCGUUGUUGCUGGUGGCAACAGAUCAAACACUUUGCACUAUGUGAAGAACAAUCAGCUCAUCAAGGAUGGUGAACUGGUCUUGCUAGAUGGUGGAUGUGAGUCUUCCUGCUACGUAAGUGACAUCACACGUACCUGGCCUGUCAAUGGAAGGUUCACCAAACCCCAAGCAGAACUAUACCAGGCUGUCCUGGAUAUCCAGAAGUCCUGCCUGAGCCUCUGCUCCCCAGGCAUGAGUCUAGAAAAUAUCUACAGCCUCAUGCUGAGCCUUAUUGGACAGAAACUGAAAGAGUUGGGGAUCCUAAAGAGUAGCAUCACUGAGAGCCCCUUCUUCAAGGCUGUUCGAAAGUACUGCCCACAUCAUGUGGGCCAUUACCUGGGCAUGGAUGUUCAUGAUACCCCAGAUAUAUCCCGAUCGCUCCCGCUCCAGCCAGGCAUGGUGAUAACCAUUGAACCAGGCAUUUAUAUCCCUGAGGAUGAUGUGAGUGCCCCGGAGAGGUUUCGUGGCAUUGGUGUGCGCAUUGAGGAUGAUGUUGUGAUAACAGAGGAUGCGCCUCUCAUCUUGUCUGCUGACUGUCCCAAGGAGAUCUACCACAUCGAGCAGAUCUGUGGCUGCAGCUCAUGAUGCCCCUUCUCUGCCUCUUUCAUCCUCCUCAGGAGACGCAGCCCUCCAGGAAUGCAGAUCCCUGUAGCUGGCUAUAGUUGUCAAGGGAUGGAGGGUGUGGACAGUUGAUGGCCGUUUCCAGGACUGGGGCUGGGAAGUGGAAUGGAAAAAGCUUGGGUACUGAGGGAUGAAAAAGCAAAGCAACCUUUUCUGUGUGCAUUUUCCUUCUGAUUUGAUUAGUGCUGAUGUUGAGCUUGUUGCAGGACAUGGGAGUGGGUUCAUCUCCCUGCUUUGUGGAUCCAUCUCUUCUGGUGCCCUUGGAGGGAUGAAUUUUGUCAGUGCCACCAGCAGGGCUUCUGCCUGGUCCCUCUCCAGAUGCAUAGGUAUGACUGCUGAGACCAGGGUCUCGUUUUUUCCCCUUUAGCAGUAGUUUCACAACAGUCAGAUUUUAAAAAUGAAGCUUUGAUAAAUGGUGUUUUGGGGGAAUAAAGCGUGUCAGACAGCUUUUGUUUUUAUAGAGCCCUGGGAGAAGGGGUUUUGGUAGUCAGGAAGAUGGGUUUGGUUGGGAGGUAGUUUUAUCUGAAGCCUGUGGAGAAUGCUUUUAGUAUUCUAAGGAUAAGGAUGUGUUUGGGCCUUGUUCAGGCACAUGCAAAAUAGGCCAACAGCAGGAAAAAGCAUCUCAUCUGGUCUUUCAGCUUAUUGGAGUGUUUGGUAAUUUCCGAAAGGACAGAUAGGGCUCAGGAGGUUGGAUAUACCCAAUCUUGCUGUCUUCCACAUUGCCUUCUUUUUGUCCCAAAUGUCCAUUCCAGUCUCCUGUUCUGAGCCCACCUCUAUCCUGGGAAGCAGGGCUAUGUUGGCUGUGCUGGAUUCCACUGGUGAGCUGCUGGUUGUCAUCUAGAUGUGAGGUGUCUGAUUCUGGGACAGUCCCAGCACCUUUCUGGUUUGUGCUGUAAGUGCCAGCAACUUCAGCAGUGUAUUUUUGACGAGUCUGCCCUAUGGCGAGUCUCAAGUCUUCAUACGGCUUUUAUAUGAAAUUUAAAGUAAUUCUUUUAAAAAAUUCUGACGGCAAGAUCACAGCUGCCUUUUGCGUUUUGCCAAGUGCAGUCAGUAACUAAUGCUCUGUGAUUAUAUUUUUAAGGCAGCUUCAAAUGUGAUUAGGGGCUAGGAUGAAUGAGGAGUAAAGAGAAGAGUUGUCUUCCCUCAACAUCAGCCUACCACCCAGGCCAUUGUAUGCAGUAGUAAAUACACCUACUAGAGGCAAACGUGGUGCCUCUGUAUUUACUGAAAAUAUUUUGACAAUCAGCUAUUUAACAUGUCUGAAAAAUGCCUCUCGUCAGUGCAUCUCCUUUUAUUUAUGCUUGCUGUUGCAUCACUUCAUCUUACUUCCUUUCUGGUGGUAGCUUUCAGUAUUUUUCAUCUGUUAUUUUCAAUUUUCUUUCUUUUUCUCUUCUCUUCCUAUAUUGUCUAUUUUUGACCCAUUAUUAUGUCACUGCUUCCUAAUCAAUUUUGCUUUCUAAUCAAUGUCACUGCCUCUUCCCCGGUUUGCCCUAAUUCCCCACAGUGAACGUGGUCAGAAGCACGUGGGGAAGGUAGUCAGGGUUCCUGAGUUCGACCUCUGGUUCUGUUGCUGUGUAACCGCUAGCGAAAUCUGCUCUUGUUUUCUCUCUUUUUUCUUUUCUGUGUUUCAUUUCAUUUAGUGAAAGCCAAAUGGACGAUGUCUUGUGUCUCUCACUGCUUUUAAUGGGAUCUGGGUGCGGGCACUGGGGUUUGAAUUUGGCACUUGAAAAGGCAGCCAAGACAUGCCGUAAUUUUAUUUUUUCAACAUGACGAAAAGUAAAUGCUUUUACAGGCUUUAGUGUAUCGAGUUUCACCUAGUUAAGAGAAUCUGCUAAUCUUUGAUGGAAGCCUUUGUUAGAUGCUCAUGCGUUACAGUGAUACGUACAGUGUAAACUGUUAGAAGGAAGGCUUGCGAAGUGUGGACACAGAACCAAUGAAUACUUCAGAUGUUGUUCUGAUCUGUAACACGUUUGUUGUUCCAAUUACACCUGUUAGAGCCAUGUCAACUGGGACAAAUCUUGGAUUUUGUAAACUGUAAGCAGCUUAAAAUAACAUUAACCUGAGAGCUACAUGUGUGUGCUGGUCUGCACAUCUGCCCGUGUACCUGACAGAGUUAAUAAUUGUACUUACUGUAAAUAAGCCUUUGAAAUACAUAUAUAAAGUUAUUUUUAAAAUAAAACAAUUUGUAGAAAGUCAUUUCUCGGGCCAUCAAGUUGCAUGGCUGUUCAAUAAAUAUAAGCACCUCCAGAAAGAGCAUUAUUUUUCAGCAAGAUUUAUAAAUUAUCUGUAACCUAUCUUGGACUUGAAAUAACAGUGUCAAAUGCAGGCACGCACUAAUUGCUACUCGUCUCAGGAAAAUCCUGCAACUUGCAAACACCGAUAGAUUUUAGGAAUGUUGCGGAUGAAUGUUUCUGUCAGUAAAGAAGUGUUUGUGACUCUGCUGAGUGGAGAGUAAUGGAUCUGCUAGGGCUGCUGUUCUCCAUCAUGCUCAGUGUGUCUGAUUUAGACUGUGCAUUGCUCCAUAUUCUGUAAUUCUUCCACAGUGUUCAGCCAUUUCUUCGGCAUAAACUGCUGCUAAUGUUUUGAAUCUGUUGUUCCAUGUAAAGAAGAGUGCAUUUUGCAGAAUGUAUUAAAUUUGAGUCUUGCAACCUAA